GUUCACACCGGAUGUCCCGUAUGUUACCAUUUUAGUGCAGCUUGACUAGUGAGAAAUCAGAUCCUGAAGUUGCGUUGUGUCAAUGGACUGGUGAGGAUGUGGUCGACAUUAAACACAAUAUUGUGUCACCAUAUUCCUUUAAACCGAUAAAAACUGGGCGGUGAACUGAUUCACAAGCCGGAACAAGGUCGACCAGGUAAUUUCGCCGACGACUUCAUACUUUUGGAGGCCUGGGGAAAACACAGUUAAGCUAACGAGAAAUAGCCACCAUGUCGUGGGAAGAAAUGUCUUAUUUUCUGGCCUCGCCUCUGUGUUCGCCUCUACCCCGUUCGACUGCUCUCUGAUCCCACUGGACAACAAAACAAGCAGAGCUUGCUAGCUUCCGAGCCAUGGCGGACAGUUUUGGAGAGGAGUCCAGCGGCGGUGCCCUUGGCUUAGGCGUUACUGGACAGGGCAGCGGAGCCUCGCUGCUGCCGACUUUGGCCAACUCUCUACCGGGGGCGAACCCGGCAGCCACCGUUGUUCACUCCAACCCGGCCUCUCCUCCUCCCGCUGCGGCCGCUCAGAGUGGCCUAACUGCUGUGGUAGCCCCCAUGUCCGCUGUCACUGCUACCCCUGCCGGUUUUGGGAGCACAUUCACCCCCGGUACCUCGCCACCGGUCGUAGCCGUGUCUCCAACCGUACACGCCUCCUCGCCUCUCUCCGGUAUUGGGCUAGGGGUCGGCGGGGUGGCCGGGGUGGCAGGAGCGGGCCUUCUGUCCCAAAUCCACGCCACUUCCUGGGACCCGACCCUCAGCACGGAUUGGGACAACGAGAAGGCUUCCCAGCAGUGCAUCCUGAGGAUAAAGAGGGAUAUCAUGUCCAUCUACAAGGAGCCUCCACCAGGAAUGUUUGUUGUCCCUGAUCCUCAAGACAUGACCAAGAUCCAUGCCCUGAUCACAGGGCCAUUCGACACGCCAUAUGAGGGUGGGUUCUUUCUCUUCCUGUUCCGCUGCCCGCCGGACUACCCCAUCCACCCACCCCGGGUCAAGCUCAUCACCACGGGACACAACACUGUCCGCUUCAACCCCAACUUCUACCGUAAUGGCAAAGUCUGCCUCAGCAUCCUGGGGACAUGGACAGGCCCAGCAUGGAGUCCAGCCCAGAGUAUCUCAUCUGUCCUCAUCUCCAUCCAGUCUCUGAUGACAGAGAACCCCUAUCACAAUGAACCUGGCUUUGAACAGGAGCGCCACCCAGGAGACAGUAAGAACUACAACGAGUGCAUCCGCCAUGAAACCAUGAGGGUGGCUGUGUGUGACAUGCUGGAGGGGAAAGUCCCCUGUCCUGAAGCUCUGUGGAGUGUGAUGGAAAAGUCCUUUCUAGAAUAUUAUGAUUUCUAUGAGGGAGUCUGCAAAGAGAGACUGCAUCUACAGGGACAGAACAUGCAGGACCCAUUUGGUGAGAAGCGUGGUCGUUUUGACUACCAGGGCUUGCUGGCUCGCCUCAGUGCCACCCACAGGCGAAUACGGGAGAAAAGUCUGGCGGAGGUUGACCACAAUGAUGACGAUUCAGACUCAGACACCAGCUCCUCAGGGACGGACCCGGACAGCCAGGGCAGCUCCCACCCCUGACUCUCUGGACAGUGCCGGACUCAAACCCAGGCCGAGAACUAAAGACAAAGGGACCUUUUGUUUGUUUUGUUUGCAGUGGAGGAACAAAAUCACAAAAGAGAAUGCAGCGCCUAUUUUUAAGGCUUUAGUGAGUCCAGAGUCAGGUUUGGAAUCAAGCUUAUGUUGUAUGGAUGUUGCAGAGGGAGAUGAAAUGGUAGUGCUCUCUUGACAGUGAAAAAUUAACAUCAACUUCUUGUCACAUGCUGGUGAAUUGGGCCUGGAGUGGUCUAUUUGUGCUACUUUUGUAGCAAACCAGCUCUCAUUUCCAUGUCCCAUUUGACUCUAAAACUCAAGAUGGCUGCCCAAACACCUGAUAGAUUUUGAGAUUAACCAGCCAAUAUUGCUUGUGAAAUGUUAGUUUCUUGUCUCAAACCUUUAAAUUGAUGCUGUAGGAAUGGAUAAAAGUACACGCAGUAACAUUCUAAAGCAGCUAUUGCACCUUGAUUCACAAGCUCGAAAAGAAAUUUAGUCAGUUUUUAUACUCCAUACCACCUAUGGAAAGACGGAGAACUACAAGGAAAAGUCCAGGAGCUCACUUUGGCUUUUAAGUGGAGGCAGGUUUGGACAAGAUGAAGGGACCUUGGCUUGAGUUGGCUGGACCAGUGAAAGAGGAGGGUGUUCAUCAGAUCAAGCUCUCCUUCAGAGUUGCCUCAUUUUCUUUGAAUUCAAGAGGGGAGGAAGGAAAGAUGGACUUUUCAUAAGUAAAGGUAGUUUGAGAAAGUGAAUAUUAGCCAAGGCUUUGCAGUCAUGUGCCUUGUCUUCUCUGGCCAGGGUGAAACCACACCACACCUCUUUCAGACUGGAUCUCAGCUGCCACCAGAACCAGGCUACAUAAAAACAUCAGCAGCUCUCAGAUCUAAAUAUAAUGAUUCCUGUGUAUUGUACAAAACGUUCUGCUUAGCUUUCAUUUCCAAUAGUGCUGUUGAAUUUACAGUAAAUCUGUUUACCAGAUAAGAGGCUGUUAGAGAAAUGUCAGUUUCAUUGACAUCCAUCUUUAUACCCAUUGCUAUGUUUUUUCCUCAUUGUCUUGCUGAAACUAAUGAUAAUUUGCUGUGUAGGGUACAUUGUUUAUUUGGAAACCCUGCUUUUUUCUUUGGGUUGCUGGCUCUUGUGAUUAACCAGUCAGAAUACAAACCAAACCAUACCUGUGCUUUAGCAAGAUUCACCUGGGAUUGAAGGAACUUUCCAUCUGUUUACACUGCAAGUAACUAAGUCACUGCUCUGUCUGAAUGAAGGCCUAUCCAAAGGCUUUGGUUGCAUCUAUACAGAGGUACAGACAGAAGGCAAAGCAAGUCUUAUGUUUCCACAUCAUUUCAUUUAACACUUUAAGAUGUCAGGAACCUUUUGUUAAAAAUAAACUGAUAAACCCCAACUAAUUUAAAAAGUAUCCUUUUCACCACUAGAUGUCAGGCUCAACACAGAUCAGGUUUGGUGUUGCAAAAUUACAUCAAUUGGGGAAAUAAAGCAUUGAAGAAAUCAGAAACCAGUUUUCACAGAUGAGAGUUUACUGUAUUUGGUUAAUUCACACACUGGUCAAGAUUCACUGCUGAACAAUGCAACAAAGCUGUUGACAUGCAGCUCUGCCUUUAGUCUGAACAGAGUGAGGAAAGUUCUCUAGGAAAAGAGAAGGUGACAGAGUUUGUAGGGAUUUCAGUGAAGGAAACACUCUUAAAAGCAUAUGUUCAGAUUUUUUCAAGUCUGUCUCAAUUCAAUGCCCACAUGUCCAUAUGCCCAUUGAAAGUGCUAUUGUUUGCUGUAAUCAUUCCACCUGUUCAUACUGACUGUAAAGAGAAUCCCCUAUUGCUUAAUUCAACUGUAAAAGGUGGGAGAAAAUCUACAAUCUUCAUUCCAGCUUUUGUUGCUUCAGCAAUCUGAGCUACUCAAAUAAAGUCAGUAUCCUCAUUCAGGUAAUCAAAUGUGGGUAUAUUUAUCAGACAAAUAUGAGAGUGGCAUCCUCUCAUCUAACUCUGCCAGAAAAUGAGUAAGCACACAGUGUUUUCCAAAAUGUUUGUUUACUUUUGUUUUAAUCCCAUAAACAGAUGGUUCAUCAGCAAGAAGCUUUUCAACAUGAGACAAGUGGGUCAGAUAAAUGAAUGGCUGCUGUGCACAUUUCUUUCUGCCCUCCAUUGCCCCCUGGCCUCUCCACAGACAUGUUGUUGGGCAGAAGAGCAGUUUGACUCUGCUGUCAGUGUUUUGUCAAACCCUAGGCCCACUGGCAGGGAUCAUUUUGCUGAAGAUUCAAAUCAGAUUACUAAUAUAGGGCAUUCCUUUGUCUUUCUUUUAUUAUGUUAUAGAAUGUUUAUAUGACAUGCAGCUCCUAGCAGAAUAUAUGUGAUUGCCAAAAUGUUGAUUGCAACAAACUUCCUGAGGUGGAAGUGAAAAGAUCAUAUCCCUGUUUGGUUGUGUUGUGUUGUGCUUAAGGCAGGGUUCCUCUGUGGCUCUAUAAAGGCUGGAUUACUUUCAGAGGUGAUCAUUUCUAAAUCUAGAAAAUUUUGGUAUUGUACAGAAGUUCUGGAAAAGUACAAAAUAAAAUGUUGUUCAGUCCUGA